AUGCCGGUGAAGCGGUCAGCGUCCGUGGCGGCGCUGCUCCCGCCAGUCGGCCGCCGCGCGCGGGCCCGCCUCUGCGUCCGCCUCGCCGCGUCGCUCUCCUUCCUGCUCCUCUUCGUGGCGCUGUUCCGCGCCCAGCCGCUCCUGGGCGUUCCGCCCGCUGCGCCGCCGCCCUCCGAAGGCCCCGCUAAGGUCGCCUUCCUCUUCCUCGUCCGUGCGGGGGUGCCGCUCGACUUCCUCUGGGACGCCUUCUUCCGCAACGGCGAGGAGGGGAGGUUCUCGGUGUACGUGCAUUCCGCGCCGGGGUUCCAGCUCGACCGCACCACCACGGGAUCGCCAUACUUCUACGGGCGGCAACUUGCGAGGAGCGUCAAGGUGGUGUGGGGAGAGGCAACCAUGGUCGAGGCAGAGAGGAUGUUGUUUGCCGCCGCGCUUCAGGAUCCCGCGAACCAGCGCUUUGUUUUGCUCUCUGAUAGCUGUGUUCCUCUCUACAAUUUCAGCUCCAUGUAUACUUACUUGAUGGCUUCACCUAAAAGUUUUGUAGACAGCUUCGUUGACAAGACGGAGAAGCGUUACAAUCAAGAGAUGUCUCCUGCCAUUCCAAAGGAUAAAUGGAGGAAAGGAUCUCAGUGGGUAGUAUUAAUCAGAAAACAUGCUGAAGUUGUUGUUGGUGACAAAAAUUUAUUAAAAGUAUUCAGAAGACAUUGCCAGAUCCUUGGAUCCAUGAGCUUACAACUAGUUGAACAAAAGCAUGAGAUGAGCUGA